AAAAAAAAUCAGUCUUCGAUAAUAAAAUUCUCAAAAUGGACGUCGCGCAGACACCGCCCAAAGAGCUUAAAGAGGACUCGACUCAACAAAGUGAUGAGCUCAGUCAAAAAGAGCCUCGCCCAAAGCCUAAGUCCAAAGUACAAACUGCGGAAAGAAUUCCCUCAUCGAAGAGAAGAUCCAAGUCCGGGAAGAAGAGAGGAACAAAAGAAAAGGAAAGAUCAAAGGAAGUGGAUGAGCUUCCAAAAACCGCAGGUUCCGUGAUGUCGCCGGCUCCGAACCCGCCAAAGUUUAAGCCUCCGCCAUCAACUCCAGCAAAAACCAACCAAACAUCGACUCCAGUGCCUACCUCGAAAGAUUCGACAGGAUCCAAAUCGAAGAAAUCGGACGAAGUUGGCAGGGCUCUGACUCCAGGCGUGCCAGGCAAGAACAGUAAGGCGAUGGCAGUUGAAACGGAGCAGAAGAGCAAAGAAUCGAAAGUGGAGAAGAAGGAAGAGAUUAAGAAGAAGACUGUGAGAAGAGAAACCAAUUUUAUCACGUAUAAAAGACCGGGAAUUAACAAAAAUGUGGAGGUUAAUAGGAAGAAGCAAUUUGAAGAGGAGCUUAAACAGUUUGAAACCGGCGAAUUCACCUAUUCAACGGACCCCACCCGCUACCGUUUUCGCUCAACUCCGUCAUUUGAAAUUGUGAUCCGAAUUGUUCCAUGGCUGCUCGUAUUUGCCAUCAUGCUUGCCACUACGUCAUGCUUGAUUUUUCUGACAAAAGAGCCUUCUCAUGAAAUGGAGUUCGAUGAGAUGAGCGAGAUGACAUUGAUCCAGUAUGACAGCCUCUUGGUCGUGGAUUCCAUAUUCGAUUACUUGCGAAAUGAGACCGUUCUUCGAGAGAAUAACUGCCCGGGAUUGGUUCAAGGAUUCUUUAAGCCGGUUUAUGAGUCGACUCUUUUAAACCUCAAAAGACAGCACAAAAAUGUUACAAAUGCGAUGAAAGCGGUAACUUAUCGAUGGGUCACUCAAACGGAACAGAUUCUGAACAUGAACUUUGAUUGUCCGCCGAGCAUUCUGAUUGAAAUGAGAUCUUAAACUGUUUGAAUUUUUUUAACAUGCGUUUUUAUAAAGUGUUUAUUAGCCUGAUUUAAA